UGUCAAGUAUAGACCGUCGUCAUCCGAGGUAGUUGUGUUGGACGUUGAGAAAUACAGAAAAAUUAAUAAAUUUUGUAAAUAAAUUAUGGAUUUGUACCAGUUUUAUGCAGACUUUCUGGGACUUCUUAAGUAGGGCCCUUUUUGAGGCAUAUGAUGGCCAGCAAUGAUGGCAGUGGAAGUAAUGGAACAUUGUCCAGAAACUAUCCAACAAGAGAGUAUGAUGCACUCAAGCAAAUUGAAAAGACAAACAAUGAAUUAAGUACAUCUAGAAGAAGAUGUGAUCACGCUCUAAGUGAUUUAGACUACUAUCGGGAACAACACAGAGCAGUCAUGAAUCAGCUGGAAGUGUCAUCUCAAGACUCUGCGUCGCUGCGCACCAAAUACCAAGAGCUGCUGAACGAGAAUAAACAAUUGCAAGCAGAAAAUCAACGCCUACUUAAAGAAUUAUCUGAACAUAAUGGAAAUGCCUCAGAAGCACUGUUUGUCUCACACACACAAGCUUUGUCCAAGCUGGAAGUUGCCCAAGAUGAAAAUGCAAGGUUGAUCAAACAGUGUGAGGUGUUGGGACAAGACAGGGGUGUAGCCCAAAGGGAAAUCGCUGGUCUCAAACAACAGUUGGUGAAACUGUACAAAGACUAUGCAAAAUAUAGAGAGGCUCACCAAAAGCUGCAACAACAAUAUGAGGAAGCUGUCAACGUCACUAUAAAGGCCAACAAGGAUAUUAAAAGGUUGACAGAUGAGAGAAACGCCACUGCUGCGGAGUAUUCUCUGAUUAUGAGUGAAAGAGACACUGUCCAUAAAGAAAUGGAAAAACUGAGUGACGAUCUGACACAAGCUAUGAAGAAAAUCAAACUCCUGGACUCUAGUAAUCAAGAAAUGCAAGAGGAAAAACGUGGAUUGAACUAUCAGUUGGAAUCCCUGCGACGAGAAAUAGCUAGUGCUCUACACGAAAGAGACAAGGCUUUGAAGGAGUGCAACGAUCUUCGAGAGAAGUUUGGCGAUUUAGGGGCUAAUUCGGGAGAUGGACGUUCAUUACUAGGCGAUCAAACCAAAAAAUCCCGCGGCAGGUUGAUAGACAGUCUGGGCGCACUGGGAGAUGGCCAAGGUUGCAAGGAACACAUGCGCGAAGAUGCUAGAUCGAUGGGUCAACGACAGCGCUUGGACAAUCUCGAUCAGGCUAAUCAAGAGUUGGAGUCGUUGAGGAAGAGUUUGGACAAAGCGCAGACGGAACUGGCCGAGGCGGUGCAGGAGGCUGAAGUUUCCAAGGGACGGCGAGAUUGGGCGUUUAGCGAAAGGGACAAGAUAGUAUUAGAGAGAGAAAGUAUUAGAACACUCUGUGAUAACAUGCGUAAAGAACGCGACAGGGCUGUAUCUGAGCUGGCUGAAUCUCUUCGCGAAUCGGACGCGGUCAAGAAGCAGCGCAACGAGCUGCUGAAGGAGAACAAGGCUUUGAGAGAGGCGCUAGAGGCGCACAUGGAGGACGACAACAAACCUUCGCAGUGCUUCGAACACGUUCAGGACCAUUCGCGCAGUCACACCGAGGUCAUCGAGUUAGAGCUGACUGCUGCCGACGAGGAGGGACUAGAGUUCGCAGGCGGUAGAGAUUUCUCAGGCGACGGUUAUGUAUAUGUCUCCUCAGUGACUCCAGGGUCUUCUGCUGUAGGAAAACUUUUCCCGCAUGACCGAAUAUUGAGAGUGAACGACGUAGACUGCAGCCAGGGCUCCUUACGGGUUGUCACCGAGGCCAUUAGGUCCAGUAUGCCUGUUGCCAGAGUUUUAGUCAAGAGAACCAGAUGUAUGAGGAACGAAACAAGGUCUAGUGGUGAACAAGUCACCAAGUGGAUUCACACCGCUAGAUUGGCACCGGGGUGUCACGGGCUGUCUUUGAAAAUGGGAGUUUACAUCAACAGAAUCAGCGAUGGUAGCUUAGCAGCUAGAGACAAGAGCUUAACCGUUGGCGAUAGAGUGCUCAGAAUAAAUGACAAAUCCAUGGACGAUAUAGAGAGUGGUCAUGAAGCAAUGCAGGUACUCAACGACGAUUCAUGCGGAGUGAUAAACAUAACAACGUUGAAGAUGAGCUACCCGGAAUGCCCCAACGUUUUUACUCCAGUUAGAAGGCACAAGAAGGAAAAUCGCAGUUCUCAGACUGAAGAUUGGUUGAUCCAGGAUUACAAAUAUAACAGUCAGGAGAAAAAUAACAGUGGUGCUUGGUUGAAGGAAAAAUUGGACAUGAUGAGAGGUCCAUGGCGCCAUUCUAAAGAGGACAAGAAGAAGUACAGGAACAGCUCUCCAAAUCCAAUCGAUUUCGACGGACAUGAGCAAGCUAUUGCAGAGCUGGACCUCGUUUUGGACAGUUACCCUCAUAGUACUGUCAAGAGGUCAUCUGGAGCUAAGAAGCAUUCUACGCAAACCAAAGAGGAUAAGAACAACGGCGGUACCUGGCCUAAAGCAAGAGCUGCGCCGAUUCUGGCGCCAGGUGGCACCGUUGUCACCAGGACCAAAGAAAGGCCGCCCCUCUCCAUUUUGCAACCAAAAUUGAAUCAGAUGCCGGAAAAUUACAGCUAUCGAAACUCGACACCUGCUCCUCUGUCUUUGGUCCCAACCAAUGUAGCAACGAACUACGGACGGCAUUCAGUCUAUAAGAGCGUCGAUACAUCCCACCACUUUGGCAUGGCUACUGAUUCUUUCGAAAGGCUCAGGGCUGCCAAUAAUCCAAACAGGUUGAGUGUUAACAUCAAUUCUGAUAACAGUUUGGACUAUCCUGUCAACAGGUUCGUGGAGAAGGAAGCCGUGCCUUGCUACAAGAAGAACAAUAACAGAUUGACGGUAGCUAAGUAUGGUUCGGAUUCGGAACGCGACAGCCUUCUUAGUGGCCAUCAUUUCGAUUCACCAGCCCCAAUGGCUCUAACUUCAGUGCACAGCAGAGGCCCAAGUCAACUGUUUCAGUCUCCCAGAACACCAUAUCACUUGCAUCCUCAUCCUCAUGCACACUUAGAACAGUCAAGAGAAAGCUUCAGUUUUGAGCCGCCAUUUCAUCACCACGUUCAUAGCCCAUCCGCGGAUGUGAGUGCUACACGUAGGCCACCUGAUUUGUUGGAAUCAGGUGGGACUUUUCCUAGAAAAAAUCAGAGAUUUCGAGUUCCCUCUAACCCAAGUGUGACCAGUAAGGUGAGCACUGGAAGCAUCGAGCGGGGCAGCUCGGAGCGCGGCAGUCCGAUGCCGAUUUUUCACGUGGAAGUCUUGAGCAGUCCCGGCGACCAUUCGGGCUCCUCCAGCACAGCCAAGGAUUACUAUCCGUGGGGCCACAAGCCGGUGCCGGGGGAGCUAAGACGAGUGCAUAUAGACAAGUCUAACGAACCAUUGGGGAUCCAGAUUAACUGUCCCGAUACAGGAGGCAUUUUCGUAUCUACCGUCAAUGAGAAUAGUUUGGCUAGUCGCGUUGGCUUGCAGAUUGGAGAUCAGUUAUUAGAGGUGUGCGGUAUCAACAUGCGCAACGCCACCUACAAUUUAGCCGCGAACGUGCUACGCCAGUGCGGCAACUCGAUCACGAUGUUGGUUCAAUACAGCCCGGACAAGUAUCACGAGUUGGAGGGGGACGAAGCGGAGUCAUGUUCGAGCACCUCAACAAAUUCGGAGGAAGAAGAGGAGGAAGAAGCUGACGGGGAGCCGACGCCUUGCAACUCACCGAAAGAAGUCAGAAAAAGCGCCAUGCAACUGAAGCCGCAGCAGCUGAUGGCCAUGCAGACGAGGAGUCAGAUUGGUGGGUCAGCUGGAGGAAGCAACAGAGGUUCGAUCGAAGACCCAAGAUACCUCUGCAUCGAAACUCUGAAGACAUCAAACCUAGGUAUAUCUCUGGUGGGAGGCAACGCAGCUGGUAUCUUCAUUCACUCAGUGCAGCCUGACUCUUUGGCCUACCACGCGGGUCUUCGCACUGGUGACCAGAUUCUGGAGUACAACGGAACUGAUCUGAGGAGUGCUACUGCCGAAGAAGCGGCGUAUGAAUUAGCCAAGCCUGCUGAUAAAGUUACCGUGUUGGCGCAUUAUCGGAUAAAUAAAUACAACGAGAUCAAAGACAAACCGGGCGACAGUCUGUACGUUCGUUGUGGUUUCGAUCGCGGUGGCAACGACCUGACGGAGCCCCCUCAACUGGCGUUCGCCAAAGACGACGUCCUCUACGUAGACAAUACGAUGUUCAACGGCGUGCCCGGUCAGUGGCGCGCGUGGCGGCUGGACGACGAGGGGCAUCGACAACAGUGCGGAAUCAUACCCAGCAAGUACAAGGUCGAGGAGGAGUUGUUGUUGAGGAGAGGAGCGACGGGGGAUCUUAUUGAGGGCCGAUCUACGGCAACAGCAAGACGUAGUUUUUUCAGGAGGAAGAAACAUCAAAGAGGAGGCAGCGGCAGUUCUAGUUUGGGAUCGAAUUCAAGAGAUUCCAAAGAACUGGCCAGCUUUUGCAACCUUUCUCCAGGGUGGUACUCUGACUCAGGUUCUUUACAUGAAGAUUUAUCCCAGUCGUCUUAUCAAAGAGUGGAACGUCUACAAUAUCCAGAAUUUCGACCAGUGCUAGUUAUAGGCCCUUUGGCAGAAUGUGUUGCCGAGAAACUGGUACAGGAUUUUCCAGAAAAGUUUAAGAGAUCUCUGUCAGAGUCUAGACGCUGCUCUCAGCAACAACUGGACAGAGAAAUUGCAGAAGGUUUGAUACUGGAGUACCGCAAGCGGGGUUCCUGCUAUGAAUGCAUCACUGUAUCUGCUGUGAGAGCUUUAAUCCAAACUCGCCUCCAUUGUAUGCUAGAUGGUUCUAUCACCAUGGUUGAAAGAUUGCAACGCCACCACAUAUAUCCCAUGGUACUAUUGAUCAAGUUCAAGAGUACGAAGCAGAUAAGGGAAGUUAAAGACGCUAGAUACAGUUUGGACAAGCUGUCAGGCAAAGCAGCAAAGGAGAUGUUUGAGCAUGGCCACAAACUGGAAGCCGAGUACCGACAUUUGGUGACAGCUAUCGUCUCCGCUGGAGCCAACAUCGCGCAUAUUUGCGCACAAGUAAAGGCAGCUGUCGAUUCUGAACAUCGCAAGAGUCAGUGGAUUCCUGUGUCCACCAUGCAUUGAAGACGUUGAUGUUAGUUAAAGAUAUUUAUACUUUUUCUUACCAAAAACAUUUAACUGGUAGCCAGCAUUGAGCCUAACUUCUUAAUUUUGUUCUUUUGAAGACGUUCCUUGACGAUUGAGUGACUUUUGAGAAAUGGAUUUUAAACAAACAAUAACACUUCCCUGAGGACCUCUUUUAACAUUUCCAAUUGACAGUACAUUGUAACAGUUCUCAUCGCAGGCUCUCAAAAUUUAGAAGAUUUUCGAAAUGUGCACGAUUUACGAUAUUUCAAAAACUAACAGAAUUUUUAUAUUUUCUAAAAUUUUCCAAAUUUUCAAAAUAUCCAAGUUUUCCAAAGUUUAUAUAAUUUUCAAACUGUAAGAAGAUUCAAAAUUUCCAAUACCUAAAAAAUUUGGCUGAUUUUUAAAAUUCUGAAAAUAGCGAAAAUCGUCCAAAUUUCGAAAAAGUUACGAUUUUAUAAAAUCCUGUAAUGGCAACUGUUGCAGUCUACUGUGAAAUGCAAAUAUUAAAUCCUCCCUUGAACAUCCUCAAACAGCAUUCAAUUCUUAAGGAACGAGCAAUGUCUCUACUCAUUUCAUUUUAAGGAUUGAUCUAUUAAUCUACCGUCUAUAUUUUAAAAUAAGUUAUGCCAAGACAUUUAUAUUCCUAGCGGUUUGACUAACCUCGUUUUCACAUAGAUGUAAUAUAACAUCAUUACUACUGCUAUAAUUUCUUUUAUAAUGCUGGUCGCCUCAACUUGAUGAUCUAUUGAAAUAUUUAAGGGGUUAUACCCGUUUCCCUAUGGCAAUCAUUAUCAAAUUUUAUACCACUCAUUAAAGAAGCAGGAGAGAAGAAGAGGAAACAAAUACCGUGCGAAUCAUUUACCCUUGAUGGCGGCAGAGCUUUGAUGUGUACGGGGGAGAAGCGAAAAACACGUAUGGUAAAAAUAGAAAGAGAAAGAACGUGGUCAUUACUUGUGGAUGAACUCUUUCUAGCUUACGUGUUGCACACUUCUCUCUCUCUCUCUCUCUCGUACACAUUGAAACCCGGCCGAACUUAUCCGUAAAUUAUUCGCACGGCAUUUACUUUGGCACUAAACUUUUACAACAUUAACGAAUGACAAUAAUUUUAUGUCCGGAUGACCUAACGGGUUAUAUAUUACGACACUUUUAUACAUGAAAAUAAGAAAAAAACAAUAUGUGGGUUAAUCGUAGACCUGAAAGUUUUAUAACCAUCGAUCAAUGUGUCCUACCGGAAGCUGGCCAACCUAAUGCUAUAUACCCGCGUCCAAAAAUUAUCAGAGAUAAAAUGAGAUACUACCUUGUCACUGCUGUUCUUCUAUUUACCUUAUAUACUUUGACAUGUGUUUCAUAGAUGUGCCAUAUGAACCUAGACAAGCAUAUAGGUGGUAACAGCGCCAGCUAUGAGACACAUACCUUUUCAAAGUAAAGUUUAUAUAGUAAAUAGAGAAACAGUUGUGAUAUUCUCAUGGAUGAUGCUACAGUAUCUUAUUUUAUCUCCGAUAAUUCGUCGAACACGCGCACAUAGGGGUGGUUAUCUUCAGGUAGAAUAUGUUAAUCAUUGCUUUGAAAUUUUGGAUUCCUGGUCGUUAAUAGCAAGUCUUACAUUUUUGGGAUUUUGUCAACAAAAAUACGUUCCGGCGAUUAAACGCCAUCAUCAGGUACAGUCUACGAAAACCAAGUCAAAAUACUCUUCAAGGUUUUGUGGAGCAAGGUUUUAACUUAAAUUUAGACACGUGAUGACCUCAAAAAUUAUAAUUUUCAACAUUCAGGGUACCUGGACCCAGAUCAAAUUUGAUUGUGCAAUUUUUUUAAAUAACUUACAAUUUUCUUGCCCAGAAUUUUUUUUCAGGUUUUUUGGAUCAUUCUGAACAUAACUCCCAUUAACUAACAUUAAAGCUAACCAUUUUCGUAUUGUAAGCGAUUUAUUAAUGUCUGAAAACCCUAAAAAUGGUAAUAUACGGUUAAAAUUAUUGUUAAAGAUAAAACCUUGCCCCUUUUGAGAUUACUUUUUAAAGCGAUUUUUAAUUUUAUUUUUUAUUCCGAAAUAGGCGAACUUUUAGUUUUCGCAGACUGUACAAAUGAGUUUCUGGAAUAGUUGGUAAAAAUAAUUGUGUUUCUGCCAGAUAGAUGUUGGUAGUUUGAGUGUAGAUCAAUGACCGUUUUAAGUUGACAGAAUCUCAAGAAUUUAUAACUAUAACAGUUUAUGCAUUCAUGGCCAAAAAUGUAACUUACACUAGCAAUAUUUAUUCAAACACUCGAUGCUUAUGAUAUACAAUACCAGUUUUAAGAAUUGCACUAAUUUUUAACAUAAUAUUUUUACUCAUAUACACUAUAGGUAUUUAUUUUAUUAAUCACUUUAUAUUGAUUGUAUUUAAUGUAUCUCAUAGAUAUUGUUGUAGAUAUCUCCUAAACUGCUCAAAAUUAUUAUCUAGGUGCCUUAAGGACCUGCACACCUUUUUGAACCCUUUUAAUAGUAUAGAUGAUAGGGUGGUUGUAUUGUAUAUUCUCUUUUUUCUGUGAUUCCGUUUAUUAUAUUUUACUUGUUUCUCAAAGAAAUAAACAAAUUUAUAGCA